AAAAAAAAAAAACACUACUAGCUAAAUUGAUGUAAUAGUAGCUAGAAAUGAACGAUGAGGGAGAUAAAACGUUGCCCAUAGCGAAUGUGGGUAGAAUAAUGAAGCAAAAUCUUCCUCCCAAUGCAAAGAUCUCAAAAGAAAGCAAACAGUUGAUGCAAGAAUGUGCGACAGAAUUCAUAAGUUUCGUGACAGGUGAAGCAUCUGACAAGUGUCACAAGGAGAAUCGCAAGACCGUUAAUGGGGACGAUAUCUGUUGGGCUCUGUGUUCGUUAGGGUUUGACAACUAUGCUGAAGCUAUUGGAAGGUACUUGUAUAAAUUCAGACAAGCUGAACUUAUUAGAAUAAAUCAGAACAAACUUCAUGAAACUGCAAAAGACAAGUUUGAAGAAGAUGCAACAAAUCCAAGUACCAAACAUAGUAGUCAUCGGUAAGAAAAUACAAGCAGUUAAAAGGGUUUUAAAAGUCAAAUGUUUUUUUUGCUUCUAUUUCGUUACGGAUUGGACUACAAAAGAGAACUCAUAAAAUCCAUGCUUUUCUAGAGUAUCUUUAAGUAGGGUUUGCUCCUUCAAAUCAAUCUUGGAGUUAAUAUGUAGUUCCUUUCCUUUUCUGAAGAUGGAAUCAAUGAAGAAGAACAUUUCUAAUUUUGUUGGAUGUAUGUGAGGUAAUUAAUUUACUUGCAAAUUAAAAUUAAGGUGCUUUCCUUUCUUCUAUCUUUGAUAUA